CUUCCUCUCCCAUCUCUCUAUAUAUAUGCCCAAGCAUGUACCUUUAAUCCCAUCUUCCUCCCUUCGACAUACCCAAAUUUUAGAAUUUCUGUCUCUGCAACAACUCUUCAGAUGGCAUCUUCUUCUCAGAACCCGUUGCAAAAUUUCCAUGAUUUAUUGCCCCUCAUGGCAGGCAAGCUCGGCGGUGACGGCCUGGUCGGAGAGCUGUGCAAUGGGUUCAACUUGCUGGUUGACGGCGAGAAGGGAGUCAUCACUUUUGAAAGUCUAAAGAGGAACUCUGCUCUUCUGGGGUUGCAGGAUUUGACCGAUGAUGACCUCCGUUGCAUGUUGAAAGAAGGGGAU